AUGAACGUCCUCAGCUAUGUUCUAGUUUAUCGUAAGUUUUUCCUGGUAGUUUUCACUCUGUUGGUUUUACUGCCAUUGCCAAUCAUCCUUCGCACCAAGGAAGCAGAAUGUGCCUACACACUCUUUGUCAUUGCCACAUUUUGGCUUACAGAAGCUUUGCCUCUGUCAGUAACAGCUUUGCUGCCUGGUUUAAUGUUUCCAUUGUUUGGGAUCAUGCCUUCUAAGAAUGUGGCAUCUGCUUAUUUCAAAGAUUUUCAUCUACUGCUAAUUGGAGUCAUCUGCUUAGCAACAUCAAUAGAAAAAUGGAAUUUGCACAAAAGGAUCGCUCUGAGAAUGGUGAUGACAGUGGGUGUGAACCCAGCAUGGCUGACAUUGGGGUUCAUGAGCAGUACCGCCUUUUUAUCUAUGUGGCUUAGCAACACCUCAACUGCUGCCAUGGUGAUGCCCAUCGUGGAGGCUGUGGCACAGCAAAUCAUCAGUGCUGAAGCAGAGGUCGAGGCCACUCAGAUGACUUAUUUCAGUGGAUCAACCAACCAUGGACUGGAAAUUGAUGAAAGUGUUAAUGAACACGAAACAAACGAGAGGAAAGAGAAAACAAUACCGGUUCCAGGAUACAGUAAUGAUGCAGGGAAAAAUUCAAGCAAUAUGGAGCUGGAAAAGAAUUCAGUCACAGGAGCCAAGUAUCGAACAAAGAAGGACCACAUGAUGUGUAAACUUAUGUGCUUGUGUAUUGCUUACUCUUCCACCAUCGGUGGACUGACAACGAUCACUGGUACUUCCACCAACCUGAUCUUCGCUGAGCAUUUCAAUAUGCGUUACCCUGAAUGUCGUUGCAUUAACUUUGGAUCCUGGUUUAUGCUUUCCUUCCCGGCAGCUAUUAUUAUUCUAUUCUUGUCCUGGAUCUGGCUUCAGUGGCUUUUCCUAGGAUUCAAUUUUAAGGAGAUGUUCAAAUGUGGCAAGACCAAAACAGUCAAGCAAAAAGCCUGUGCUGAGGUGAUUAAACAAGAAUACCAAAAACUUGGGCCAAUAAGGUAUCAGGAAAUUGUGACCUUGGUCCUCUUCAUUGUGAUGGCUCUGCUAUGGUUUAGCCGAGAUCCUGGGUUUGUUCCCGGUUGGUCUGCACUUUUUUCCAAGUAUCCUGGUUUUGCUACAGAUUCAACUGUUGCCUUACUUAUAGGACUUCUAUUCUUUCUUAUCCCAGCUAAGAGAUUGACUAAAACUACACCUACAGGAGAAAUUGUUGCUUUUGAUUAUUCUCCACUGAUUACUUGGAAAGAAUUCCAGUCAUUCAUGCCCUGGGAUAUAGCCAUCCUUGUUGGUGGAGGGUUUGCCUUGGCAGAUGGCUGUGAGGAAUCAGGACUAUCUAAGUGGAUAGGAAAUAAAUUAUCUCCUCUAGGUUCAUUACCAGUAUGGCUAAUAAUUCUGAUAUCUUCUUUGCUUGUCACAUCUUUAACAGAGGUAGCCAGUAAUCCAGCUACCAUUACCCUUCUUCUCCCGAUAUUAUCUUCAUUGGCUGAAGCCAUUCAAGUGAACCCUCUUUAUAUUUUGAUACCUUCUACUCUGUGUACUUCAUUUGCAUUCCUCCUACCAGUAGCAAAUCCACCCAAUGCUAUUGUUUUUUCAUACGGCCAUCUAAAAGUAAUUGACAUGGUUAAAGCUGGACUUGGUGUUAAUAUCGUGGGUGUCGCUGUGGUGAUGCUUGGCAUGUCCACCUGGAUUGUGACUCUGUUUGACCUGUCUACUUACCCUUCUUGGGCUCCUCCAAUUAGUAAUGCGACCAUGCCAUGACAAGCAUGAACAUUAUAACUAUCCUGUGGUACCCAGAAGCCAGAAGGCAUCAUAUAAAUAAAAUUAACUUCAUUUUGAACCAGGCUCUAAACUGGUUAAUGGAAACCAAGAUGAAUUGCUUCUGAAUGGAAAUCAACACUCAUCCCUAGAAUUGGAGCACCUAUCCCAACAAACAAAAGAACUGUUACGUGAAGAAUAAUUUUCUGUUUAUAAAUCUGUGUAUUUCUAAUCAUGCUUAUUGUCAUAUGAACAAAGUGUAAGUUAGAGAGAAGCUCACUUCCCAAUAGUUGGAUCUUCAUUUAAUAUUCAUCCACAGUCGCUGCUGGAAUUAAUUACUGACACCUGCACACGUUGUUCCCCUCAUACUUUUGCUUCUACCAGCAGCCAUCAGAAAUUAGCCAGCCUCUGGGCUACUUCUCUAAGUCGCUUAGAGCCACCCACUCACAGAUUGUUUUUUUUCUAAGGAUGUGGUUUCUUAGUAUUCCUCUGGGUUUUCUUUGUUUGUUUUCCUAGCUUUGUUGAGAUAGAGUUGACGUAUGGUAUAAAAGGUGUACAACGUGAUGAUUUGAUAUAUGUAUAUAUUGUGAAAUGAUUACCACAAUAAGAUUAGUUAACACCUCCAUCCCCUUACACGGUUACGUGUGUGUGUGUGUGUGUGUGUGAGAGAGAGAGAGA